UAUGUAAUUAGAUUAUGUAAGGACCCAAGAACCUUUCGUUAUGAUGAAACUUAAAACUCAAAUAGACUUAUUCUCUUCUAGAUCUGUUAACAAUCAUUGAUUUUAAAGUAGAAGGGUGGUAAUUGUUCAGAAUUGGACCAGAUGACAUGAGGCCGUUUUUUCCAUGCAUGUCAUUGACAAAGGUCAUUUAACUUCCCUUGGUAAUUUUCCAGGGAGGUCUGCCAACUACUAUACUUUGUGAAGGUUUCUUGGCCUCUGCUGGAGUGUGGCUUCCGAGGCAUUGCGUGUAUUCACUUUAACGAAAUUGCGUCUAUGUUUGUUACUUGUGUGUGUGGUUGUUAUAUGUAAUUUUUAGAAUUAUUUAUAAGACAUUAUUGUUUGUUUAUCUAUAGCUUGUUUGUUCCUAUUCUGGAUAAUUACCCCCCUCUCACCCGCAAGAAAAAGCAAGUAUAGCUGAAGUAAAUAUUAAAAUGUCAAAUGUUUAGAAGACACCCCAAGUGGCUUUCAAAAUGUUAAGUUUACUCAUAAUUAUGUUACCUACAUUGUAUCCAGAUCUACCUGAAACUUUUGGUAGUUAUACUGGUUGAUACAAGUAAAGAUGUGUCUUCUAAGUAUUUACGACUCCCUAUAACAAAACAGUGAUAACAUAAUUAGAUAAACAAGACAAAAAAAAAAAAAAAAAAAAGAUAACAGGUAACUUUUAACUCUGUGUUGAUUAAACUUGACAGGAAAUAUUUUAAGGCCAGCAAUUUAUCUUUUUAUUUCUCUGUGAAUAUUCCUUAGCCUACAUACCUAUCUUAGCAUGAAGGAUGAAGAGUUAUUAGAUAGCCAUUGGUACAGUGCCAUACCUAUAACUGAAUUUUGUUAAGAAUGAUCCCAAGUGCAUCAAGAUAUUGAUAUUGAAUAUUUAGAUUGUGAUAUUGAAAGAAAUAAAAUUUCACAGAAUUAUUAGUGUCAUCAUUCUAUUCUUGGUAAAUACAGAUAGUUUUUUCCUAGUCUGAUGAUACUGAUAUUUAAGAAAAGCUUUUUAAUUAGGAUAUGCUAAAAUGGCAGUUUGAUUAGUUCAGGAUCAUGUGAUAAGAUUACAUAAAACUGGGCAAGAUAAGAUAACUUGCAUUUAAAAAUAUUAAAAAAGUAAGAUAGUAUAAAGUGGUCAAGAUAGUGUUGCUAUAUUACUUCAAUAAACCAGACUUAGCUAAGAUAAAGUAUAGGUAGUAUUAAAUUACUUUGGGUUAGCUUUAUUUUGAGAAAAUAUACUUAAAGCAUCUUUUAUUUACACAUAACAGCCUGAGAGCUAUUCAAAACUAAUUGAUUAAUAAGAGUACGUCCCAUACGUCCCACCCAGCUAUGUAAUGUGUAUGUCGUGGCAGCUGGAUUUGAUAUGCGGGUGCUUGGCGUAGGAGUGGGUGUGGCAGUGCUGGUUGUGAUUUGGGUGGCUGCUACGGUGGCUGUGUUAGCUUGUGCGCGCAGCAAGGUCGUGGUGGCAGUAGGAAUAACACUGGUAGCAGCUGUCUUCUCUCUAAUCCUACUAGUGCUUCCACAACACUCCGCACCUCAUGUGCCUGAGCCGCAGGAUUCGGUAACAGAUUACCUCUUCAUUUUCCGAGUGGUCGUUGUGGUGAUCUCAGGGCUGUCAGCGUUGGUGGGUUUUGGAGCUGUUUUAGGUCACUGGACAGAACCCAUACUUGGCAAGCCACUCAAGAAAGUGAGACUCUGAUAACCAUCAGUUCAAAUAAAUAGUACAAAAGUACCUGUGUGUCCUUUGAACUCUUGUAUAUAAAGAGGAAGAGAAAUAGGAGCAAACAUGGCCAUGCUACAGAAAUUGUUAAAGUUCAAGCCAGUUAUGCAGACGUUGCUACAGAGUGAGGCCGGCAACCGUGGCUUUUUUAGGCUUGGCAUUGCUCCAAACAAGAUCAGGUGGUUUCACACUAAUGAACAGCUCCGUGACAUAUAUGAGAUUACCGACGAACAAGACUUUAAGAACAAGGUCAUGAGGAACUCCAUACCAGUUAUUGUAAAUUUCCAUGCUGACUGGUGCGAGCCUUGCCACUCACUCAAACCUCUACUGGAGAAAAUAGCUAAUGAAAAUGUGGGGCGACUCCAU